UGUGUCGCGGUUACGGCGUAACCACAACUACAAUUCUGUAUUUUAAAACUCAAACAUUCCCUCAUGAGAUCUCGUAAUAGAAUGAUUAGAGAUGGGGUAAGCCCUCUAUUUAACGAACUAACUGUGAAAGUGAUGUCUUCUGAUGCCGUUAAAUAACGAACUCCCAACUUACAGGAUGUAUUGUUAUUACUAUAAUGAUUUAUAUUCGCUGGUCGUCUUUAAGUAGUGUUCUUUCUGCGAAUAAAACAAAGAUUUUUUACAUUUAUAAUUGAAAUACGUUAAAUCGAGGGUCUACUGUAUUUGCGUAUUUGUAGAGGCUUUGACGGGUGAGUGUAGCAUUUAAAUUUAGCCAUUUAGCGCCGUAUCGUUAGUGUGGUUACGAAUGGAUGCACAUAGAAAAACAAAAGAGAAAAAAACUAGAAAGAUCCGCCAUGUCAAUUAGAGUGCUUCAUUGUGUGAAAAUUAACAAUUGGUGUUGAAGAAAAGUAGAAGCCGUCGAAGAUAAGCCAAGUAAGUGAAAGAACGAAGGACAUUGCUCCUAACACAGUCCGUUCGUGAUUUAAAAACACUAAUUGUUACUUCAAAUCAGAUAAGUUAUCUUUCGUCUCUCAUUUAUUAACCUAUCUUAUCAUUAAAGGAUGCCUCGCUCUGUAUAGAAAACAUAAACUCGUUUUAUAUACGUGGAGGCCCUACAUUUAUAGCUCCGUAGCUUUAUAGAGUUGUAAGUGAUGAUCCUAAAUCCGCGUUAAUAAUUUCUCGUGUAUGUACUAUACACUCACUUUCGUGGAGAAAAUUUGAAGAAACCUUUGUAAAAUCGUUAUUAUGUCAGAUCCUACUGGAGAUACACCCAUCCUCUUCAUCUCCCCACCCCCACGACAUUUAAUCACCAAAAUUCAAUAGCAUCGAACUCUCUAAUACACAAACUCCCUCGCAAAAUUUCAGAAAUUUUUGACAGAAAGCAUAUUACUGAAUACGAAUCAGUAAAAUUACGAUUGAAGAAAGCCAGGGAACGGUAACGUCACCACGAGAAACCUUACUUAAACUUUCAUUAAUUGUAUUUUGUUUGUGUUCAAUUGUAGAAGGAUGUUGGUCGUCGUCGUUUUACUUUUCUACCCCUUUGUUAGCGUGGUUGCAAUUCCAUGCGACGGAACGGAUCCAUUCAAGCUAAUCGUUCCUUUGGAUUAUAGAAAAUCAGAGGCACCCGCCACUAAAAAAUCUCCGGUUCCCGUAUACGUCGGUAUUCAAAUUUUCGAUAUUUAUGAUUUAAACGAAGAAACUAUGGAUUACAACAUACACAUGUACUUCGACGACGUGUGGAAAGAUUACAGACUUAACUCGGAGUGUCUAAAAGAAAAUAGACCCGUUAUAUUUCCGGAAGAGAUGGCCGACAGAUUGUGGACCCCCGACAUCUAUUUCGAGAACAGCAAGUGGGGAGAGUUGUUUCGAAUUUCCGUUCCCAACAUAAACGUAAAGAUAUAUCGCGAUGGUACCCUUUACCGAUCCGCUAGGUACGUAGUUCGAUUGAGCUGCCCGAUGAAUCUUCGAUACUACCCGAUGGACGUUCAAGUGUGUUCCUUUAAGAUUGGAUUAUUUGCUCAUCCGAAUUAUUUAGCGGAACUUCAUUGGUCGGAAGAAAAAGAAUGCCCCAAAAACGGUAUGAUCUCUAUUGAAAUGUUAUCUCCUACCAUGCUUCCGCAGUUCGAUUUGAUUAACGUUAGCACGGGAAAGACGAACUCCAUCUGGAGCACAGGUAAUUACACUUCACUGAUCGCAAAUUUUACAUUUUCGAGACACCUGACUUCCCACAUAGUCAACACCUACAUUCCGAGUUCUCUCGUGGUUGCUCUGUCUUGGUUAUCGUUUUGGUUGAGAGUGGGUGACGUUCCAGCUCGAGUGACUCUAGGCGUUACGUCACUAUUAACUUUAUCUACUCAAAUAGUACAGUCGAGAAGUAAUCUUCCACCCGUCGCUUACGUUAACGCUUUAGACGUUUGGCUCUUCGUCUGCGUCAAUAUGGUGUUCUUCACAAUUGUCGAAUACGGUUUCUGUUAUUACCUGGCCGAAAACCAUUUUCCAUCUUCGGAAUUCUUCGGAAGAAUCCAAAUGUGGUUGACUAAAUCGUGCGAUAACGUGGCACCGACGGCACCACUGGUCAACGAAACCAAGUGUACCACGUCACAACAGAAAACCAAACAGUGGCAAAAGGGAGAAGCUAAAACCCAGUCUUUGGAUCGAAUUUCUAGAAUUCUAUUUCCUAUCACUUUUCUAUUGUUUAAUAUAUUUUAUUGGCCUUAUUACCUUUCGGCACACGGACGUUCCUCGAGCGGUUAACCAGUCACGUGUCCAGUUCUGUAGUCUUCUUACGCACUCUACGCUAUUGUUAUUCAUUAAAUAAACGUAUCGACACAUUGUAUAUACCUUUUUAUUUAUGAUAAUGUAUAAUAAUUAUUUAUCGGAUCUCUCUGUAUUUGCAGUUUCUAUUAUCUUGCUUAAUACGAAUAUUUUUAUUAUGUAUGAAAAAUAAAUAAAUAAAAAGUUUGUAUUUUUAUCGCUAGAUGGCAUUAGUGUUUAUAAAAUCAACCGGUAGAUCGCGAACGCCGGAAUGGCUUAAAUGAAUCGGUUUAAGUGUAAACGGUUGAGAAGCUACGAAUUACACCGAAAUUUCGGUACUUAAUUAUGUGGU